CGACGACGUAAUCCCAGGUGUACGUGCGCAAUCCUCACUACUGUUGACUUGGUAUCUUCUCCACGAGGAAUGACCUCGGAGGAGCGAUUCUCACGAUCGCGAAAUGGUUGCCUCCAGUGUCGUAGAAAGCAUUAUAAAUGCGAUGAAAAGCAGCCGACAUGUUCCUUCUGUUCAAAUCGAGGUCUAGGGUGCCAAUAUCCGUCAGGGCUGAAAUGGGUUCGUCAGACGAGGCCGAUAUCGUCACGACAUAGGCCACGAAACAGCACCAUAUCGAGAGAUAGUGGGGAACAACUGUCUCGUAGAUCUCCAUCAGUGCUUUUGACUGAUCUUUUUCGCUCGGAUGAGGAUAAGCUUGCAUGGGAAUAUUAUGUGAGGCUCGUUUCCUCGAACAUUCCAGCCCUCGAUGGCCCGGAUAAUCCAUACCGGCAAUUAUCUUUCACAGCUCUGUCCUCACCUGUUCUACUCGAGACAAUCGUCUGCAUAGCCACGGAACACAUGCUGAACUUUGGCCUAGUCGAUGUAUCAACAGCAGCACGACACCAACAACGAAUGCUACGGACCAUUGGCCAGAAUCUCCAACUCAUCGAGUCGGGAGACACUUGUGAAACCAGAGCCAUUGUAACGACAAACAAUCCCGCUCAUGAGGCCCUCUUCGCCGCUGUCAUUCUCCAGGGUGUCAUAGUCGCUCAAUCCGCCGAUGGCGUCCUAGAACCCCAUGUCCGCUGCGCUGCUUUCCUGAUGGAAGUCCUGAAUCACUUUCGCCAGGUACCACACAAUAUACUCGGACGAAUGACCGUGCAACGAUUCGCCAUGGUCGACGUGAUGCUUGCUAUAUCCCGGCAGCGCCGUCCUUUUUCUCCUAAAGACUUUGUACUGCAUCUGCCCGAUGCCGAGACAUGGGAUCAUACCGAGCCAUCAUUCCACAAAAUGACCGGCUGUCCUCAGCCGUUGAUGUGCUUGCUAGUCCGAAUUUCUCAUCUUGCCUGUGACGUGGAUGAUCGGUUAGAACAUUGUGCAUCGAUAAGUGAUCUUCUCAGUCGAGCGCACACUCUCGAAAAUGAUCUCCGGGCAUGGGGCGAGCAUUAUCCCGCGCAUAGCUCUGAGCAGGGUAUACGUGCACCGUUGGAUAUCCUCACCGAGUGCUUCUAUUGGACUGCGCACCUUCUACUUGCGCGUCGCGUGUUUCAAGACCAUACCCGGUCUCCGCGGGUACAACAUUUGACACGCACAUGUUUUGAUCUGAUGGGUCAGCUCAGUACCGGGGUUGGUCCUGACUCGUCUCUGCCACAGCCAUUUUAUCUUGCGGCGAGAGAAGCGAUUACUUUGGAAGAUCGGGCUUGGGUGCGACAGAAACAUGAGUCUAUGACAAACUAUUACCGAGAGCAGCAGCGGAAUUUGGCGAUGCAGCUGACCCAGCGCAUUUGGGAGAUUGAAGAUCAACAGUUCCGUAAUGGGACGGCAGUGCAAUCGGAUAAACUGAUUAAGAAGCUGGAUCGGGAUUCUUGUUUGUUUAUUUUUUAAGGGCCCUUCUUUACACAGGAUAGGGUUGAAUGUAUACAUCACGCUAGAAUUGCACAGAUACGAUUGGGCUCGGGACCGGUUAACUAACGUGAAAUGUGAAAUGUUUAUGAUGCAGACAGAGUAUGUCCUACUCUGAAAAUAUAUUUUGGUGAUGUUUGCUCGCGUGCAGGUG